AUGACAGUUGCUUACACAGAGGGCGAUGCCUCAGUUGCUCGCAAACCAUUAUUUGUCGCGGAACCCCCAUUGGGCAAAGAUGGCAGACCGAUUAUCCAAAAGGUCUUGAUCGCGAACCGUGGCGAGAUUGCCUGUCGCAUCAUUCAGACAUGUCGCAAACUGAAUAUUGAAUCUGUGGCGGUCUAUGCAGAGGAGUCAGUAUCCCGAAUCAGUCAGAGAACAUACCCCGAGCUUGAAUCAACGCUGACAAAACUUCCCAGAGACGCAUCCUCUCGCCAUGUCCAAGAUGCAGACGAAGCUAUCGAAAUUGGCAGCAUUGACCGAAGCACCCGAAACCCAUUCCUCGAUAUCGAGUUACUAGUGCAGACAGCCAUCUCAACUCGCGCACAAGCUAUCCACCCGGGAUAUGGCUACCUGAGCGAAAACGCAGAGUUCGCCAAGCGCGUCCAUGAAGCAGGUCUAAUCUUCAUCGGGCCGAGCCCCAGCGCCAUGUCAACCCUCGGUGACAAGCGAUCAUCGAAAGCGUACCUGCGCUCCCACGCGCCCGAUGUUCCCCUCAUCCCUGGAUUCUCGGGAUCUAGCCAAGAUGCAGAAGCUUUGGGUAAAGUGGCUGCCGAGAUUGGGUUCCCAGUGAUGCUCAAAGCGUCUGCCGGUGGUGGCGGAAAGGGAAUGCGAAUCGUCCGCGAGGCAAGCCAGCUCAAGGAUGAACUGGAGCGCGCGCAGUCUGAAGCUCGUCGAUCGUUUGGGUCAGAUGAUUGCAUUCUGGAGAAAUUUAUCGAAAGCAGCAAGCAUGUCGAGAUCCAAAUUAUGGGAGACUCAAAUGGUCAUGUGGUUUCAUUUCUGGAUCGGGAUUGCUCGGUGCAACGCAGGCAUCAGAAAGUCAUUGAAGAAACGCCUUGUCCGUUUCUCACGGAAGAGACCCGACAAAAGAUGAGUGCUACUGCAGUCCGCGUUGCGGAAUUGAUUGGAUAUGAAAACGCCGGCACAGUUGAGUUUGUUGUUGAUAUCAACACGAAUGAAUUCUACUUCCUGGAAGUGAAUGCUCGGCUGCAGGUUGAACAUCCUAUCACUGAGGAGGUCACAGGAGUCGACUUGGUUGCUUUGCAAUUUUUUGUUGCAGCCGGAGGUAGCUUGAAGAGUCUUCCACCCCUUCAAGAUGUCACCCAGCAUGGACAUGCCAUCGAAUGUCGAUUAUGUGCAGAAAAUCCCGAGAAGGAUUUCUUCCCAGAGCAUGGCAAGGUCCAUCUGUGGCUGCCUGCCGGUGGUUCUUUGGCGCCAAGUCGAGAUAUUCGCUAUGAAACGGCCAUUCAGACCGGAUCAUCAGUGUCCAUCUACUUCGACUCUAUGAUCGCCAAGCUUGUCGUUUGGGCCCCGACUCGAGCACUUGCAAUCGAGAAGAUGGCCAAGGUUCUGGCCCAGACUGCUUGUGUGGGUGUGAAGACAAAUCAGCUCUUCAUGCAAUCUUGUCUGUUGAACUCGGCAUUUCGUGAUCCUGCAUAUACAACGGCAUUCAUUCCGUCCCAUCUGAAAGAACUCCUCCAAGCCCCUGCUAUACCGGGACUGUCUGAAUAUGAAAAGAUUGCCGCCAUCAUUCCAAGUUUGGUGAUUCGCCGACUCCCGGAUUUCUCCACAGGCUUGUCACGCCCAAAGCCACUUCGCAAUGUCCGAAUGCAAUUCCGAAAUCAAAGAUUUGACCCUGUCAAUAUCCAUUGCGACGUUGUGACAACGACCAGCUGGCCUAACAACUCUAUCGAUGAGUCAGAUCCAACUUCAACACAACCAAUUAUGUGUAUUUGGAAGCCAAAGGCAACAGGGGUAUCAUCUGCCGCCGAGGAAGUACACCUCUUCCCAGUUCCUAAGAGGGAAUCACCCAACGGCGAGGAGUUAUCGGUGGCGGCUGAGAUCUCCACCCAGUAUAACGAGAUCAGUCAAGCACUCCGAAGUGGCAAAGCGACUUCUUCCGAUGGUCACAAAGUGAAGAUUGUUUCAUGGCGACCUGCAGAGGGCAAUCCCGCUCUUGCAGAGUCCUGGCUGGCGUCGACGAUCGAAAUCUCCGUCAACGGAUCAAAGCUCACCGCCCAUGUAGCCAUCCCAUCAACACGGGCGCAUACAUUAGCGGGCCAGGUCGACUGUGGUCAACGAAUUUAUUGUCAUCUUCCCGCUCUCGGUACCCACGUUGAGUUCCGACGUGAUACUUUGCUUUCGUUUGCGGAGAGUAAACGGUCGGAACAGGCGAAUCACGGCUCUGAGCAGAAGACGGUGGCGGCCCCAAUGCCUUGUAAAGUUCUUUCGGUCUUAAGGAAGAAUGGAGACGAAGUCAAGUCGGGAGACUCCGUUAUGGUAAUCGAGAGUAUGAAGAUGGAGGUCAACAUUUCUGUCGCGGCGUCCGGUAAAUUCCAGACGAAUUGGAAGGUUGGGGACGCGGUGGAAGAAGGCAAGGUUCUUUGUUCAGUUGUUUAA